CCUAGGACGCCUGAAGUAUUCAAGCCCACUCCCACUCCCUCAUCGCCUUCUUCCUUUCAACAUCACACUCUCCACCACCAUCGCAGUUGUACCCACUCUCCAAACAACAACACCGCUGACAACAAUCCCAGUUACGCUAGGACUGUAGCACCUUCAAUCCUCACUAGCUUGCCCAGGAAUUCAGUUCUUCCAAGAGCGGAUCGAGUACUUGAACUCGCUCCUAACCCUCCAAUUCCUUGUUGCUCAAUCACACCUUCUACGACCACCACCGCUGUACCCACAGACCCACACAGCAAAGUAACAACAAUGUCGAGUCUACCUCCUCCACCACCAUCACCAACACCUUCGGUCGAGGAGCCUCUGCAACGCUCUGAUCGAUCAAGGAAUCCUCCGCCUCCCUUCCCGCCACUCGAUCCAAAUCAUUACACGUCUUGGCUCAGACCUCGCCGAGGCCCCAAGCAGCCCAAGUCCACCUGGGAGCCUCGCAACGUCACCGCUGACAACGCCGGGAGGCAGAUGGCGCAGUUUACCGCAACCUGUGGCCUUGGGGAAGUGCUGGUCGAGAAACUCACAAAUCCGUACUGCCGUGGCGUCGAGUACUACGAUAUUGGAGACUACUGCCCUCCCGCUGGUCCAAAGCCUAAGCCCUUCGAGUAUCCCCAACACACGCCCGCCCUUGCUCGAGGCUACCUCGCCAUGGCUCGGAUUCUCAUCCCAGCUGCGAUCUCGAGAAACAAGGCACUCAUCCGCGAGGCCGCCGGGUUCGGCGAAAAUCCUAUUCUCAAGUCCGAUCUUCGAUGGAACAACCUUAUCGAGAUAAGGAAGUUGGAGGAGCAACUAGAGAUGCCGGUGGAGACUUUGACUGACCCAGAACGCGACACGAUGUUCCUCGUCGAUGAUUGCUCGAGAAUCGCCGCGGUGCUGAAAGGCUUCGAGGAGAUGAAUGGGAAGUUGACCCAAUACAAGGCGAGGGAUUGGCAGGGAUUGAAGAUGCGCCAUGUCAACUACUUCAAGGAAGAGGACGAAGAGCUGGCGGACACAGUAUCCUACGAUCCUGACAUGUGGUACAAGGGGGACGUCAACGAUCCGGACCAGUUGGCGGAGGUCCAGCGGCGACGACAUCGAGCGGGCUCAGCCGUCUCGUGCUACUCAUAUACGGACAAUGAGUACGGUGAUGAUGACGAGGAGGGGGAGGAGGAGGAGGAGGACGGAGAGGAGCAGGAGAGGCAAGGGAUCGCGAAGAUGUCACAGGACCCCAAUUCUAUGGAACAUCUCACGGAAACCGCCCCUCCGGUUGCUCGCCGCAACCCGAUGUUCGGACGGACCUCAACCGUUCCCCUUCCAACUCUGGCUCGCGCUCAUUCUACCCAAAAUGGUAGAAAUAGCAACAAGCGAGCCCGUAUCUCCACCGAAGAGCACACAAGCCGUGUCGAAGAAGACGAAUAUGAGACCGACGAGUCCUCCGCCGGCUCCGAACUGACCGCGCUGGAAGACAUUGAGGCGCGGCUGCUCGGAACGAAUAGUGACGACGAGGGUGGGUCGGACUAGCUGGGACUGGGGGUUUUGUAAGAUAGUUUACCAAAGACGAAUGAACUGACUUACUUCCGUAUAUA